AUGCUCUCCUCGGUCGGGGGCGGCCUCUGCGAAGGGGAGACGGAGGUUGAACGCAGCCGGGCGUGCGAAGGGGACGAGCAGCGGCACCGGCCGCAGCGGCGCCGGCCUCCUCGCCCCUCGCCUCCCGCCUCGCCCCCACCCGGGCAGCUGCUGGCAGCGCUCCCCCGCGGCGCCCUAGGCCGCGACCCCCCGCCGCGGUCCUCCCCGCACCGGGCCCGGGCCCCUUUCCCUUCCCCUGCCUGUCGGCGCGCCGGUGAGUGCCGAGCGGCGGGCGCAGUCCUUCCCCCUCCGCGACAGCCGGACGCCUUCGGGGCCGCUCACGCCUCCGCUCCCAUCGCGGCCUGGGACCGCGCUCGCCCCCGCCGCCCCGCCCGCGCCAGCCGGCUCCCCCCGCGCAUGCGCGCCCGCCCCGACCCGGGCGGUGCCGCGCUCACCGGGGGAAGGCGAGGGCGGAAAGGAGACCCCGCCCCUCGCCUCGCGCCGGGCUUGCUGCGCGCGCGUCCCGGAGCUCGGGCAGGCCAGCAGGGCUGCUCGGCAGAGCGCCCCCUGGCGCCCCCGGCGGUCAGGCCGGGCUUGGGGGCCGCCAGCUCGGAGCACGCACCCCCAGGGCGGCCUGUGCGCUGCGGGGCCGGCCCCGCAACCUCGCACAACUGUCAGACGGCCGCCCCGGGUGCGGGUCUGCAGGCCCAGCCAGACGAGGAGGCCCCAGACCUGAGGCGUCGUAGGCCCAACGCCCGUGUGAUGGCUUCAUCAGCCUGCCUUACCAUCCGUAGGGCCUGA